AUGCUGCUGCUGCGCCCGCUGCUGCUGCGCGGAUUCGGCCCGAGGGCCCAGUACUUGGCUUGGCUGCUGGUGCCCGUCUUUACCGUGGCCACCAUCCUGCCCGCGCCUCCCGUGCCCUUGCCUUUGGUGGCACCGGAUGCGACUCGGGCCCUGACGGUCGUGCACCGCCAGGUGUACGAGGCGGUCUGGCGACCGGUGACGGAAGCAGGAACGCAAAAGCCAUCGGCUCCCCAUCAGACGCCGUGGCUUGCGCUGGCCUGGUUGUCCGGCGUUGCUGCCCUGGGCGCAGCGGUGGCGUGGCAGCACCGGCGCUGGAGUCGCCAGCUGCGCUGGGACCGUGUCACCGGCACGUGGUUGCUGCCAGCCGGCAACAGCCCGAGCGUGGUGGGGCUGCUGAGGCCCCGAUUGGCGCUGCCAGUCGACUUUGAGCAGCGCUUCUCGGCGCAAGAGCGUGCCGGCAUCCUGGCGCAUGAGGCGGUUCACGCCAGGCGCCACGACAACCUCUGGAACGCGGUGGCCACCGGGUUCUGGAUCGUCAACUGGUUCAACCCGCUCGCCUGGUGGGCCUUGCGCGCCUUCCAGCGGGACCAGGAACUGGCCUGUGACGCUGCCGCGCUCGCCGCCCGGACGGCGGCUGAACGCGACGCAUACCGGGAUGCCCUGCUGAAAGCCUUCGAGAUCAGCCCUUCGUCGGCCAUGUCGCGUGGCUGGCGCUCGACCCAUCCGUUGAUCGAGCGCCUGCAGUGGGUGCAGUCCGGCUUCGUUGAACGCACCAUGCUGAGCGCUCUGGUGGUCCUCCUUGUCGUGGCGGCGUCCAGUGCGAUGGCCUAUUGCGUGCACGGCGGCGGCAUCUGGCAAGUCUGGCAGGACAAGCGUCCGGCCGCGAAGGCGGGCCAUGCGCAAGCCCGCAUGGAGACGCUCACCCAAGUCAACGGCGGCCGGUGGGCGGCUGGCGUGGUGUACAUGGACGUGGGUCCCAAGCCCAGCGAUCAGAUCUUCAGCUGGUCCGAGACGGUCGCGGCCCGCAAGGUCUUCGAGGGCUUGGUCAGACUGGGGCGCAGCGAUGAUGACUCGCCCAACGCCUACGUCAUGAUCACCGAAGCGCUGGAUCCUGCGCGCUCCCGCGGGGCUGUGCCUCAGACCCGUGAUGCCGCCAUUCCCGCAGACCGCUGGCAAGGCCUUGAACUUGCAACGCAAGCGGGUGACACCGUGCGCUUGCGGUUCCGCUUCCAGAUGCUCACGGACCCAGCGCAAGGCAUUUGA